AUGCUGGACCGCUGGAACCAAACUGUUGUGUGGCUGCUCUAUGGAUCCCUGGCUUGUCUUGUCAUCAGCUCAGUGAAUGUAAAUGCAGACGUUUCAGAGUUUUUCCUCUUACUCCCUGUUCUCUCUCUCCUCUCAGGUCGGGUGUUUGUGUUGGACCUGAGGAACUCCUCCGGCCCUCAGGGCUUCAGAGAUGCCGAGCGGGCCUGUGCCUCACAACAUGCCCGCUUGGCAUCGGCAGAGGAUCUCCGUCACGCUGUGGUGGAGUGCUUCUUCUCUACAUGCACCCGUGGGUGGCUCUAUGGAGGCACAGUGGGGGCCACUGUGUGUAAUGUUGCAGGCAGCGGACUGGAACCAGUGGACGUGAGAACAGAAAAUGCCACAGAGGACACGGCUCACCUGGACGCCUUCUGCAUCAAAGAUAAAGGCGUGCCGUGUGGGGACCCUCCAUCUUUCCCCAACGCUCGUCUGCAGGGUCACCCUGGCUUUGAGAUGGGCGAUGAGCUGCUCUACACGUGUGUGCCGGGUCACGUGAUGCCCAGCGGACACACUGUCUUCAGCCUGCUGUGCGACAGCUGCGGAGAGUGGUAUGGACUGGUGCAGAUUUGUGUCAAAGAUGGGACUGAAAGUCACAUAGACUAUGAGGACAAGUUCCCAGAUUCCUACGAGGAGGAAGGGCACCACAGCGAGAGGCCAGAGGAGGCUCACGGUGAAGUGUAUGAGGAGGUGCAUGGAACUGCAUACCCAGAGGGAAGGGGGAGUCAGGAGCAGCAAGAGACGAGCUUUGGUCUCGUGGAGCAUCAAGACGAGCAUGGAGACGAUGAAGCAGGAGGAGAAUUGAAUGGUAGUAAGUUUGAGGGUGUCGUAGAAGAAAAAGACGAGGACCGGGCUGUGGAAGACUUUAUAGGUCACCCGAGGUGGGAGCAGGAGAGGAGGGAGGUGGUGAGGAUAGAUGUAGCUGCAGCCACAGAAGCACCGGUCUCUCUUCUCUCCCAGAAACACAUGUUCUGGUUUCCCUCAGAGGCUUUUCAGGAGGAGGGACAGUCCGUCUCCACCAAUCCAGUCACACAGACUCCACAGAGAGCUUCAGGCACCCAAUCAGAGGAGAGCAAAGAGCACGAGAGCCAGGAAACCCAGUAUCCCGUCGAUGUCGAUGACCAUGAUCACGAGCGAGACAGCUACGACGAUCAUGACACAGAUGACCGACAGGAUCGCGACGACAGCCGCCACUAUGAUCAACCUGACCGUGACAGUCACCAGAACGAAGAUGACCACGAUGACCAUCUGAAACAUUACAUUCCAGCUCAGCACGAUGAUCUGGACAGACGGGACCGCCCCGAAAAACACAACGAAGAUCAUAUUGACCCCAAUGACCAUUAUGACAUGGGUGAACAUGAAGAUGAUCGUGUUCGCUACAGCAGCCAGGAGUACGAUGAUCAGGACGACAGCUACGAUGAACACGAAAGCUACGAGGAUCGCAAGGACGUGACUGACGAUCAUGGUGCGGUUGUUCAAGAGCAUCCUGAAGACUCAAAGGAACAUCCAGACCACCACGACCAUGACGAUGGCGAGGAGCAUUACGACCUGGAGGAGGACGAUAGCGACCAUCUUACUGAUCAUGAUGAGCAUGACAACGAUGACCAUGACAGCUACGAUGAUCAUGAUAGCCACGAAGAUGACGAUGAUGGUCAUCAGCGUGUCAUCAUUUCUAUAGCAACAGAUGUACGUAAGAAUGGCACUGCGAAGGGAGCAGAAGAGAAGGCAACGACGGAUGACACCUGGCUAGACGGCUACCCUGUCGUCGUAGAGGAAACAGAAAAAGGCGACUCGACAACAGAACGAGUGAGACCAGAGGACGGAGAGAGGGGGACACAUGCCACGACAACAGACAAACCCAACGAGGUGGAAAUUCGUAGACCUGUCCCCAACACCAGUUUACCAGAGGAACACGAAUCUCCCACUGUGGACCCUGAACAAGGUGGAGUAAAGGAUGUCUGGCCUGGCUUCAUCCCCACCGCUGCUCCUUCCCCUGAUCCUAUAGAGCCCUCAGACUUCCCCUCGUACUCCGACACCCUCGACUACGACACGCAACAAGCAGCUCCCACCCGCUCCUGGCAGGGAGACCUCACCGAGCACCCCUUCCUCGAUUACGGCCUGGCUCCCCCAGUGCAUGAUGGCGACGUCCCGAUGGAGGAGCACACCGUGAACAACCUGCCCAGUGAGACUGGCGAGCGUGAGGAGGUGGAGGGGGAGAUGGGGGAGGCGAUCUGCGUGGGCGAUGACUGCCCUCCUCAGAGCUCCUCUAGCAAAGGUGCCACAAUUACCGUCAUCAUCGUGGCGGUGUGUGCGCUGGCUGCGGCUGUCAUCGUCGGGGUGUGGUGUUACCGACGGCAGCAGCAGAAGAGCUCGAUGUACGAGAUGAACGGGAAGGGCCAGAGUCACAACAGACAGGGCCAACAGAUAGAGAUGCAGCAAAAAGUGUAAUAACAAGAGACGAGGAAAGAAGGACACUGACGGAGGGCAGAGACAUUUAGGACGAGUCGGAUGAAUUUGAGAAGAAAGCACAGCCCUUCAUCUUUCUAGAAAGUAGGCUACUGCAUAAUUGAGGAUUUUGGAUCAGUAUGAACAAAAGAGUCCUGUUUUAUACAUUACCUGUGUGGUGCACAAAAUACAGUAAAACAGUAAGAAGUGAUGCAGCAGUAUGGUAGCAGCCAGUCUCCUUCUUAACAAUUCUACGGACGUUCCCCAAUAUUUGUCAUACUUAUUCAUUAUUUUCAAAGCUCCGAUAUCUAUGUGGACAGUUGGGGGCGUUCUGUCUAGACUGGACUACGUUCCAGGAACUAAAAAAAACAAGAGAUUGUACGAAAUUACCAUGUUGGAAAACCCCAAGAAGACAUGCCUGCCUGAAGUACACGAACUGAGACUUCAACCUCCAAAGCUCUUGGACAUUGUGGUGAAGAUUCUCUGCGUUACUUUGC